UACGUCACAGUGUCCAAACCAAAGUCAUGGUCUUUUUUGGAGAGGUGUUUGGGGUGAGAGAGAAGAAAAAGUCAGUGUUGCGACUUUGAGGAAAGAGAGCAGUUUGGGGAAAACAGGGAGAUGCAAAAGACUUAAUAUCGAGCGAUGAUGACCAGUGAUUCAGGGUUUGAAGAUGACAUCCACACCCCCUCUUCAUCUCAACAGCGCCUCAAGGGACCGGGGUCACGGGACCCUCCAUACACCAUGACACAGUGCCACGACCUUUACAGUGAAUACGAGGAGGACCACUUUAUCCACCAGAGGAACAAGCAGCAGGACUUUCUAGUUCUCAACUGUUUGUCUGGUCAAACACAGAUAACUGCUGAGGCGCGCUGUGUACUGGUCAGCUGGCUGAUAGAUCUCUAUAAAUACUUCGAUCUGACGUUCGAGUCCUGUUGCUUGGCCGUGAACAUCAUGGAUCGGUUUCUGGCCACGACGGCGGUGGCGUCAGAUUGCUUUCAGUUACUCGGCGUGACGUCGUUGCUGAUUGCGACCAAAUAUGUUGAAGUUCACUUUCCAGGCAUUAAGCUGCUACUCUCGUUCUGCUGCGACGCCUUCACCAGAGAGCAGCUCUGCAAUCUCGAGAGCCUCAUCCUCAUCAAACUAAACUUCCGCUUGGCUGCACCAACUAUCGCCUACUUUCUCGACCACUUCGUCAAUUGGGAGGUAUCCAGAAUUGAGGCCAGAAUGGAGGACAACAUUCCUGAAGAAGGGAAGAGCUGGAUGAUCUGGAAAGACUGUGAAGAGCAGCUUUUGAAUUUCGAGAGGUUUAAAUAUUUAGCGUUCAAAGUGUGUGAGAUUAGUCUCGCGGACUACACUUUCAACAGGUACCAGCCGUCUGUGAUUGCACAGAGCGCACUGAAUCUGGCAAAGGACCUGUUAAGGGAACAAUUAAACGAGUCAACAAUUCAAAACGCUGACUCGACACAUACGUCAACAGACUUUCUCGGUGAUGUAGAGAAAACCUCACAGAGUUUAGACGAUCCGGAUUUAAUUCAGCAAUGCACACAUGAGCUCGGAUUAUUGGCAUCUCUCAAUAAGGAGUUACUUCAGGACAUAAUAAAGCUCUGAUUUGCUAAUGAUUGUAAUUUUCUGUUAAUAUAACAC